AUGACCGCCAGUCAUGGGCACCGGGUCCCCUUUUUCCCCAAGGCAGAUGCGGCGGUUUUGACAUCCAAACGUGCGUCGCCGCUGACUCGUCCGAAGAGCGUGGGGCCUGUCCUCGAUCCCGAUAAUAUCGAUCAGCCGAUCGGGCGGUGGCCCUCGAAUACCGAGACAGCCUUCUAUCCAAAGACAGAGCCUUAUGCGGCAGCGGCUAUCCCUGACAAGCCGAUUACUUCUCCUACAAAGUAUCUGCGGGCUUUCCUGGCCGAGAAUGAGAGACUGAGAUUGUCGAUGCUUUGGUACUAUACCCGCGAUAUAUCGAAAGAAGAGGAAUUCCUCUCUGGCCUCCAGGAGAAAGCUUAUCUUGCCCAAGAGUCCACCGGCUGGGAAUUUGCCGUCAUUGGCAUUCUCGACGUAAAUGUGUAUAUUCGAUUAGCCACAGUAGGGCUGGAGCUGGGCAUCUUGCCGCGUGGUGAAACUAUUUGCGCGCACACGGUGACUCAACCACCUGGUAGUGUCUUUCUAUUACCAAAUCUUAUGGAAGACUGGAGGUUUCAAAAAUCACCAUACCUUGAACGUGGCGGGCUUCGAGCAUACGCCGGCGCACCACUUCGCUUGCAAAAUGAAUUUGGAGAGUGUGUCGGUCUUGGAUCAUUAUGCGUUGCCUCAAGUACAAGUGAAGAGCCUUUGACCAAAGAACAACAACAGGCGCUGGUUCGCCUGGCCGAUUGGGUCGUCUCUGAUCUCGUCCAAUGCGCCAGAGCGAGACGCCAGCGAGAACGCCGCCAAAUGUCUGAGCUCAUUUCCAUGGCCCAAAAGGAAACAGAGGAUGUAGUCUCCGAAGAGCCUGUUCUGAGAAUACUGAAAAACACAUUUCCCGACGCGAAUGUCAGCAUUCAAUCAGCCAAGGCAACCCACCUUGAGGUUGAAGGACGAGAGCCGGUACCAAUUUCUGACUUUGAAGCUGAUCUUUGGGAAGACAUUGACUAUCUCAACGACUUCAUUAGAGAAUUAAACCAUCUGGAGCUUCCUUCCAGUAGGACAGUGCGCAUCAUUACCGCCCCAUGCGAAAGUGCUUUGGGACCAUCAUUACUCGUGGUGGAAGCGAAAGACUUCCAUCACGUGUUUGACGAUGUAGAUUCCUGGUUUGUGCAGACUUGCGCUGGCAUGUUUUCUCAGUUAUGGCGCAAGCGUCUUUUGAUAGAAGCCAUGAAAGCAAAGGAAAAGUUUCUCCGGGGAUUCUCUCACCAACUUCGCACUCCCAUUCAUGGUAUUCUUGGCUCCGUGGAACUCCUCGCGGAGGAAUUACAGUCGCGGAACUUGGGCGAAUUCGUCCUACCGAUGGUGAAGGGAAAUUCGAUGGACUCGCGCCAACCCUCCAUGUACCUCAACCUGAUCAAGAUGGCGGGUCGAGAUCUUACUGCCAUCGUCAACAACAUGAUCACUCUGAACAGAUGGUCCGAUAUCGCAGUUCAAGAUCGUCAACUAGCUAUGCAUACCUUUGAAGAGCUUGAGACAGAGAUAGGAAAUGAGAUUCUCAAAUUGAUGUCGGGAGACGCACGCUACAAGACAUCUAUUUUCUUCACUCGUGACUUUCCGCCUGGUUGUGAGAGCUUCCAGACCGAUCUUAAUGUGCUCCGAGACACUCUGCUUCCACUAAUCAUCAACGCGAUUCAACAUACGCCGCUAGGCACUGUUUCAAUCACUGCGGCGAUUAAUCUAGAUCGCAAACAACUUACUUUCGAUAUUAAAGAUACCGGCAUUGGUAUCCACCCCGAUCAUCAAGCCCGCAUUUUUGAACCCUACGAAAAGAUUGAUGUGCACUCGACGGGGGCCGGCUUGGGCCUCACACUCGCAUCUAAAUUUGCGACCUUACUUCACGGUUCCGUCGACCUAAUCUCAUCAGAUAUCGACCGCGGUUCCCACUUCAGAGCCGUUUUCCGAAAAGUCGAAUGUAUUUGCUUAACCCAACCCUCACAGUCAUUGGCGUCAAGUUUGAAUGACUUACCUUCACAAUUCUUUAUCCUGGCAACUGGCUCUGAGAACAAAUCAUUAUGUGACCACUUUUCCACCUUUCUCUGUCGCAAUGGCUUUACUGCCUCGAAUGACCUUGCAAACUCCUUUAUCGUUCUUGAUAUGGUGCCCGACAUCGAACAACAUCGCACACACCUAUCUCAGAUCCUAACGGAGCAAGUCGCUAUCUGUCUUGUCCCGGCUUCAGACACAGAAACUGCUCUCGAAAACACGAGAAACAAUGCUAUUUACACCAGCGGCCCGUUCACGACCACUCACAUGAGAUCCUUACUUGAAAGAGCACAGACCAAGCUCAUAGAGAUCAAAGCCUCCAGGCUACCCCCACAACAAUCAGAUACCCACUCAGUCACGCUCACGCGUAUGACUGAAGCACCAAAUCCAGACGAAACUUCCUCGUCUCACUCACUUACCUCUCAAUCAGACACAGCGGCUUCUGUCAAAAGCGCAAGAACAAACCCCAUCAUGCCCAUCCUCACACCAUCUUCAAACCCCACAGUUCUAAUCGUCGACGACAACGCCGUCAACCUGCGCAUCGUGGAAAUGUACUGUCGCAAACGUGGCCUGCAAUCCUACUCCGCAUCAGACGGCCUACAAGCCGUCAAGAUCUUCUCUCACCAACAAGCAUUAGCCGCCUCCGGGGCCGGCACCGCAAUCGAGCUUGUCUUCAUGGAUUUGCAAAUGCCAGUCUGCGAUGGUAUAGAAGCCAUGCAACAGAUUCGGUCCCUGGAGAAACAUAAUCAAUGGGGCACCACUUUGAUAUUCGUCAUGACUGGGCAGGAUAGUCCGUCGGAUAGAAUCGCUGCAAAUGGUGCUGGGGCUGACGAGUUCUUUGUCAAGCCUGUUGUUAUUAAACAAUUAGAUCGCGUUAUCAAGCGGUAUUUUCCUGCCUUUGAGCCGAGCUAG